AAUGAGUAAUUCAUUGAUGGGUAAUAUGUUGGUUGAAUCUGUAAUGGAGAGAGCCUUAAAAGAUAAAAUGAAAGAAUAGUAGGCAAAAUAAUAAGAAGAAGAAAGAAGAAGAGCAGCAAGAAGAUAAUAUGAGGAAGAAGAUGAAGAUGAUUGUGAUGAUGAAGAUUUAAAAGAGAUGUUGAAAAAGAUGAGAGAACAAAGAGCUAAAGAAUUAUAAGAGGCUAUGCUUAAAAAGAAUAAAGGAUUUGGAGAAUAUAGAGAAAUAGUUGAAGAAGAAUUCUUACCAUCUGUUACUAAAUCUGAAUUUAGUGUUGUUCAUUUCUUUCAUCGUGAUUUUGAAAGAUGUAAAAUAAUGGACAAACAUCUAUUAGCUAUAUCAUAAUAGUAAAAUAUUAUUAUAUUUAUUGAUAGACAUCCUGAAACCAAAUUUUAUUGUUUGAAUGCAGAAAAGGCACCUUUCUUUGUAGGUAAAUUACAAAUUCAAGUUUUACCUACAAUAUGUUUAUUUGUGAAUGGUGUUUUAAAAAAUAGAAUUGUAGGUUUUGAAGAAAUGGGAGGUAAAGACACUUUUGAAACAGGUACUUUGGCACAUAUGUAAAUUAUAUAAGAAAUAAUAUUUAUAGACUUUUGAGAUAUGGUAUGAUCAAAGUUAGAAAAGGUAGUAAUGAUGAAGACUCAUCAGAUGAAGAUAAGUGAC